GCUCUACCCGCCCGACAAUGGUCCUCUGUCAUUCUCAUCCAAAGUGUGUUAUAUAAAGUACCGAGACCCCUCCAGUGUUGGUGUGGCGCAACAUCUCACCAAUACUGUGUUUGUUGACAGAGCUUUGAUAGUAGUGCCAUGUGCGGAAGAUGACUAGACUGGCCCAGCUGUUACACUACACUAGCCUGAGUCAGGCAUUGUUUUCCAAGCCACUAUCCCCGAUCGGGCCAACGCAGCCUUCAAGGGGGAAUGUGACCAGGAGAAUAGCCCGCUGAGCCUUCCAAGAUGGACACCUUGUCUCUUUUUAUUUAUUUUUCUUUUCUUUUGGUUUGUUUCCUUUCAUACUUUCCCAUGUUGUCCACUUUCUCCUGUCUCUAUCUAGAAACUACAGUAUUGCUUAUCUCUAGCGUUGUGUUUAUAUUUGUUAUUUUGGUUUGUUGUUUUGAUUAUUGUCCAACCCCCACCCCCCUCUCUCUUUCUGCUACAGCUGCGGCUUGUGUGUGAUUGAAUUCUGUCCAGGUUGCUACGGCAUACCGGUGGGAUGUGUAUCACACAUGGGAUGCUAGGAGGAUCACUAACACUUAACUCUCUUGUCACCUACUCCUGUUGACAUAGCGAGGGGCUAGACAUUAUAAAAGUGAGACCCAGUAAUAGAAACUUUAUUUGCACUUUUUCAUCUGUGCUGAAAUCUGUUGUAAAAAGCAACAUUAAGAAGUUUCUCCUCACAAUAAUACAUGACAGCUCUGAUGUGGAUGUUUAGUAUUUAAUAAUAACACAGACAUUCUCCAUUCAACAUCACUUUCUUUUUUUAACUUGGAAAUUCGUGACACAUGCAUUAAUGCUUUGCGGCGUAAUUUGUUCUGAAAUAUAUUUCCUAGCUCUAGAAGAACUUUUCGAGUUAGACACAUGGUAAUUCAUGCUCAGUGCCUCCAGCUAUGAUGAACUGAAUUUUAAGUUAUUUUGUCUCUUAUUAGUCUAAACAUAGCCCUCUUCUCCAGCAGUAGGAAGCAGCAGAUUUUAAUCCAGAGUGGAAUGAGCAAAAAUUCCUAAUUGGUUGUUUUUUUUGUAGCUAAGUCUUGGCUAACAUUUCCUACAGUUCUUAAAAUUGUUGUUCUUUUCUGUAUCUGAUGUCCUGUGUGCUAUUAGUGAUGCAGCCAUUGGGGUUGUCUUGUGUUGCACACCUUUCCAACACUGCGAAACGAUCGCCCCACGGAAAAGCGCCCAUGCUUGAUAUCGUAUGGUUCAUGACCAAUAUGUUUCCAGUACAGGGAAAAUCCCAGAGGAGGCCAAGGCAUUGUCACUUUUGGCACCUGCCACCCCAGUACCCAGUCUGAUUCCUGGUGGGGGACUGCUACCAAUUCCUACUCCAGCCCCACUUCAGAAUCUGAACCUUCCCAUAGUGAAUCGGAUAUCAGCUAGUCUGGACCCCGCAGCAUCAGCGCUCGCCCAGCCCCCCCUCAUGGGAAAUGUGGAUCCGUCAAAGAUUGAUGAGAUCAGGAGGACCGUGUAUGUUGGCAACUUGAACUCACAGACCACCACUGCAGAGCAGCUGUUGGAGUUCUUCAAGCAGGUGGGAGAUGUAAAGUUUGUGCGAAUGGCUGGAGAUGAGACUCAGCCGACACGUUUUGCCUUUGUGGAGUUUGUUGAGCAGGAGUCAGUCUCCAGAGCCCUGACCUUCAACGGAGUCAUGUUUGGAGACAGACCCCUGAAGGUUAAUCAUUCCAACAACGCCAUAGUAAAACCCCCAGAGAUGACGCCACAGGCAGCUGCUAAGGAGCUAGAAAGUGUGAUGAAGAGGGUGAGGGAAGCCCAGUCUACCAUUGCUGCUGCUAUAGAGCCAGUGGAAAUAAAGAAGCGUUCCUCCAGUCGGUCUAGAAGGGGACGUAGGUCACCCUCGCGGUCACGUUCCCGUUCACACUCCCGGACGCGGAGGAAAAGGUCCCGUUCAAAACACAGCAGACCGCCACAGAGGUUGUGGCCGAGGAGUGACUCCCACAGUUCCCGAGGCAGCCACAAGAGGCGCUCUCGCUCCAGAGACAGGAGACACAGUCGAAGUCGCUCGAGGUGUGUUGGAAACAAACAACAUAAAAGGGGCCACAGGAGGAGGAGUAAGGAUCGGUCCAGAAGCCCUCGAAGAAAAGCCAAAACACCCUCACCAAAAAGAGGUAAGAAAGAGAAGAGGAGGGAGCGCAGCAGGGACAGAAAGGACCGCUCCACAUCCAGGAAGAGGAGCCGCAAGGAUGAGGACAGGAUAAAGAGCAAGGCCAAGCCAACGAAGGCGGAAAGAGACUAUGACAGAGAAGAAAAGGACGACUUUGAAAGUGACAGAGAAGACUCGGUCACACUGAGCGAGGACAUGGCAUCAUCACCCUGCACCCAGCACAACGGCAGCUACAAGUCCCACAACGAGGAGGAUGUAUACAUGGGUGCAGAUGGCACCAAGUGACUAUUACACCACCAUGGAAACUGCUCUAAUGAUCCCAUUGCGUGCGUAUACAUACAUGAACACCAGAUUACCACUAACAGCCAUCGUCUCCUGUUGUACAACCUGAUUUUAUUGUUAAUUGUCCUGUAAUCCAACUCAUUUUCAGUAUCCCACUGAAAGGGCAAGUGAGCGCUCGGUGCAGCAGAGAUAGACCCACCUUUCCUGUUUAAGCCCUUAGGACUUGCAGGGGCCUGCGUUAUGAUAUCUUAAACUACACUAAACACUACAGGUUUAGAAACUACCAUCAAAAACAAUAAUUGAAUAAUAAUAGCUUCUCAGACUGUGGCAUGGCUGCCCUAUUGGAUCGCAUCAUUUUAUACAGGUGAUACUGUGUCCACCUCCUGUGCAUGUGUUCACUACUUGAAGAGCUCAUUUCCUAUUAUUCUUUCUAUAGAGAUUCUAAAACUGCGGUGUACCCCAGUAGACUACAAAGUCGUGCACGCCUGAACCAGCUGCAGAGCUUCUCACGAUGGCCCAAAUCCCGCAGGAAGAGUUUCCACGUGUUUGUCCAGCAAUAUGAAGAUUUUAAUCGCAGCGUUGUCCCUGGUUACGUUGAUAUUACUCCUCCAGUAACAUCAUGCUGUUUUCUUAAGAAAAGAAAUGUUUAUCCAAAUAUUGCAAACAACAAUAUGCAACAAGGUUGCCUACACAGAUAGGUUACAGGAAAAAUCCCCAAAUGAGUCAGUGACACACAAAGAUAAGAAAGUGUGUCGUUUUGCAGAAAAGUGAGUUAAUCUGCUCAAUGCGUCCGUAAAUGCACUUUAAGGCAUAAAAAAGGGCCUGGACUGGCAGCUACUGUGGAUUGCAACGCAUUUGAAGCUUGGCAGCAUUUAAUACAAAGUAUUAAAAUAGGAAAUAACUCUUACUAUCCAAUAAUGUGUAUGUCCAUCUGCUCCUGUCUGUAACAGUAACAGUAAAGUAACUUCAGUUUUAGUGGAAACUGAAUGAAUUCAUUUGUAGGGCUGCUUUACAUUAUGUAAUGUAAUGUGUAUCUUAGAGCCCCCAGUUGAGUCGCCACUGUUUUCAGAGCUUUGCUAGCACUGAGUUGGUUGAUGCUAUGUGUUGCAUCACUUGCAUUUUGUCAAUACAUAAAUUAAAGUGAUUGUAGUAUAAUCCAGGCCAUCAUCAUGUUAGGUUCAGUAUCUAGAGUUAGUAUUUGUUGCUCACUAGCACACCAAAAGGCCAAGGAAGUACCAAUCAAAACAAGGUUCCUAUGAGCUUUUAUUAGCCAGCUGAGUAUGAGUUCAUUACCGACGCCUCACUGAGGUCUCAUGGGGUGUAACUGUUUUUGCCGUGGGGCUGUGACAACAACUUCCUAUAUUCUGUCUGUUUCUAUACUACAUAUUUAAAACAUGUUCCUUGGUUAAAAAAAAAAAAAAAGGAACCCAAGUGUAAGAACAUGAGGGCCCCUCUCAGUGUAUGGAUGAAAUAAAAACAGGAUUCCUGCUCAUGCUAAAAUGCUCAUUUGCCCUUUGUGUGGUGUUAAAGGAUGAUUCAAUCUACCUGGUCCGUGAAGUGUCCUUUUUUAUUUCCUCUUUUGCUCCAUUUUUUUCUCCAUCCUCUGGGAAAUGGAGUGUCCUACAUAAUGUACGGUGUUGAUUUUAUGACUUGUGCUGUAAUUAUGAGAAUGCAGAAUUGUAUUCUACUGUUUCUGUGAACCUGUUGCUAAUAUAUUUUAGUGAAAAAAAGAUACAUUUCUCAUUUGGUCGACAUGAAUAAAGUGUUUUAUUUCCUGUUUUUUUGUUUUAUGGGUGUACAUUUACUUGCUUUUUUUUUACAUUUCUGAUCACAAGUAGUCGCAACAAGAUCACAAUGUAUCAUGUUCUUUUACCUGUUAUUGUUGUAAUGCUGUGAGAUAAAAACAAUUUACUGUUUUAUAGAUACAACACAGGCCUAUACUGUAAAAUGACGGUGGUGUGCAAAAUGUCUGUUGGCUCAUAUUGCUCAAGAAAGCGAGACGCAAACAGAAGCUUGCAAUGGCUGUGUAGAUGAGACUGAACAAUAUAUGUCAAAGGUCAACGAACUGCAAGCACAGAAGGGUCAAAAAGUGCCUAGACUAAGAUUGUACAGAAUAUUCUAAUAAAAUAUGGAGACUUAUUGACAGAUGCAACCUGAAUUUAUUGUUCAUGAUGUUUAAUAGAUAAAACUAAUGAGAUGUUAUAUUAAAGUAUUGUCUGUUGUCUUUAGUAAUUAAUAGCAGAAUAGAAUGAACAUUGAUGGGACUUUUUGUGUUUGUUUUUUGUUUGUUUUAACGUUCUGUUAUUUUUGGUGUUGCCGUUUGCAUUAUUGUGAUUGUGUCAAAAGAGUCUUUGUGCAAACUGGCCCCAGAUUGAGAUCAGUGGGGUUUUUUUAAGUUUCUAAGAAAGCUUACUUCAUCUUAAAAGCUUUACUUUUAAAAUGAGACGUAAAGACUUUAUGACUGUCCUCGCCAAAUUCCACUUGUAUGGCUUUUACAAACCUAAUUUGUCUGUAUUUUUUUUUCUUUUCUUUUCCUGCUUUUUUACGUACACAGGCUUCAGUUUGAAGUGGUGAACUCGUGAUAAAGUUUAGUAAAAAAAAAAAAAAAAGCAUUUCCAACAGAACUGACAGUAUGUAAAGAAUUUUAUUUUUUAUAUGCGCUAUGCUCGGUAUAUACUGUAGAACCGGCUGACGGUUUGCUCCUGGGGGGAUCGGCACUCGAUGUCUGUGUUUGGGACUUGAUGUAAAGGUUUGAUAACACUGUUUUUGAAGAGCUUGGAUGUAUGUAUGUGAUCCUCCUCAAUUUGAAUCUAACAAUACAUCUGAUCUGUUUCCAAAAACACUCAAUAAAGAGACUUUUCAUUCA